AUGGGGCCAACACAGGUUAGCGCAAGCUACAGCAAAUUCCAAACAAAUACGUUAAACCCAUCGGAACGUAUAAAUCCAUUUGAUAAAAAUAAGACGGCAUCAAAUGUGACACCAUCUACAACAGCGACAUUUGAAUCCACCUCUUCGGUGACAUCGUCAUACACGAGCAGCGCAAGCGGUUCGACAUUGGAUGAUCUAACGAAAAAUCGGUACGAUAAAUAUCAAGGAGCUACAGCGACAACAACAACAAUUCAGUCGACUAGCCGAUACGGAGCGCCAACAACGAGCUCCAGUUUAUACUCAAGUGACAGUGAUGUAAAAAGUACAACUUCAGCACUUGGUAGUACUACCAUAUCAUAUGCCACUGGAAGUGAUUUGACAAAAGCCGAUUACAGUGUCACCGCAAGUGAUGACUAUUCGAGAAAAAAGCCGGCAGACACAAUCACAUCGAAAACUGUUUCAUCCAGUCAACGCGCAAAUGCUGCCAAAUAUGCCUUUGAAACAUCCAAAUACUCGACCGGUUCGAUGUCCGAUUCGGAGAUCAUUUUUGGUUCAAGCGAUACUCUGGACCCACCAUCAAGGCGAUCACAAUUUGGCAGCAAUAAUUCAAGCACAGUUGAUGCAUCAAAAUCAAUUUAUGAAUCAAAUCGAAGUAUGUCAUCGUUCAAUCGCAGUUUGAGCGUAUCUUCGGAUACAAACGGUGAUUUUGCAAACGAUCCACGGGUCAAUACAUCGUAUCGCAUUUAUGAAGGGAUUAAUAACGCUGCAUUCCAAGAUUUUGAUUCACCGGUUAAAACAACAACAGCAUCAACAACAGCAUCAUCGACUAUCCCCGAAACUGCCACCAGUUUUUCAUCAACAUACAUUAGCGGCAGUAAAAUCUUCAACGAUGACGAUGACGAUGACUACGAUUUGAAAUAA